ACGUGCAUGUUUGUUUGGCGUGGAUUUAUCUUAAUCAUCACAUGGUAAACUGUAUAUCAUGAGUUCAAAUCCCUGAAAAAGAAAGAAACAACGUCAUGAGCAUCUAUCACGACGAGGUGGAAAUCGAGGACUUCGAGUACGACGAGGAGGAGGAGAUGUACUACUAUCCCUGUCCCUGCGGCGAUCGAUUUCAGAUCUCCAAGGAGGAACUGAUCGAAGGCGAGGAGGUGGCAACCUGUCCCAGUUGCUCGCUUGUCAUCAAAGUUAUAUACGAUCCGGAAAUGUUUAAGGCAGAGGAAGAUGAGGAAUCCGCCCUGAACGAGAAACUCAGUGACUUAAAACUGGAGAAGAACUUAAACUAAAUCCUUUGGUGUAAUUAAAUAGUUUUUAUUUAUAUAUUUUUAUAUAUAGACUUCUUUUUAGUGUAAAUAAUACGUUGACUAGUAAAACAAUGAAUUUAAAUUA